AUGGAGCUUAUUCAAGGCCUUAUUCAACCGCCAAAAACCCAGUCCGUAGAUGACACUAUUCCGACAUUAUGUGAUCGAGUCGAAAAUGCUACACUACUGAGUGAUAGACGAUCCGCGGUGUUAGGUCUCAAGUCUUUCAGCAGGGGCUAUAGAGAAGCGGUAAUUGCUUCUGGACUAAAGCCGCUGAUAAGUACGCUCAAGAAAGACGUUGCGGACGAGGAUUCUGUUAAGGCGAUCUUGGAAACACUUCUAAUCUUAUUUAUUCGAGGCGAAGGAAAUGCAGACCUGACCCGCAAUUGGAUCUCACAAGAGUCGCGGCUUCGAAAUGGGAAAUACCCGUCGCCGCUUAUCAUGAAGCAGGAGCAAGAACAUGAAUCUGUAGACCAGUUUUCACUAUGGAUAGCAGAUUUCAUGACACAAACCGAUGAAUUGGUGCAUCUAUUUGUGCGUCUUUUGGAGUUGGAACAUUUUCACAUCAGACUGUAUACAGUUCAACUUCUAGAAGCUUUUGUAGCUUCACGUCCCUCUCGAACUCGUGAAGCAAUUAUCUCGAUACCCAUCGGCGUUUCAACUUUAGUAUCACUUUUGGAUGAUAUUCACGAACCAGUCCGCGACGAAGCAAUCUUGCUUCUCAUGGCUGUUGCCAACAAUAGCACGCAUAUACAAAAAUUGGUGGCAUUUGAAAACAUUUUUGAAAGACUAUUCAAAAUCAUCGAAGAAGAAGGUGGUCUACGUGGAUCUUUAGCGGUCAGCGAUUGUUUGUUGCUAAUUGUCAACAUCUUGAAAUAUAACACUUCAAACCAGACAUUGUUUCUAGAAACUGGCAACUUACCACAAAUGGCGAGGCUUUUGAAUGAACCAAUGGAUGAGGCGUUUUUUUGGAAUGAGCAGCGGCUGCUCAAUAUCAGGACCGCUAUGGAAAUAUUGAAGCUCACAGUUGAACCGCACCAUACCACCACGCCUGAGCACCAAAGAGCUCUUCAUAAUUCACACCUUCUGAUGAUAGUACUUAGGUUGGCAUUGCUACCAACAACACCAAAUACAGUGCGCCCCUUCGCGCUCCAUACCGCUGCUGAUAUGAUAAGAGAUAAUCAUGAAGUUCAACAGGAGUUUAGAAAGAUAGACGUUCCUUUUUUCGACCCAAGUCUGAAUGGACCUCAAACUUUAGAUAAUCCAAAACUUGUGCCUGUCACAGAGCUAAUAAUGAGCUGGUGUUUUUUUGCGAACUCCAUCCACACUUUCGGUAUUAGAUAUGCGUCAUCUGAACUGUUGAAAGCACAUCUUACUAAUAAUAAGGACCUGAAGCUCACUUUCGUCAAAGACCAGGUAUUGCUUUACAAUGAUUUCAAUGAUUUAAGCAAUGAAAACAAAAAUAGUGAUAGGAACCCAGGCAUCUUCAGUGUUAUUCUCGACUACGACCCGGAAUUAAAACUAAAUCCGUACAAACUGUACUACGCUGUGGAUCUGUUGCUUUUUCUCUUUGAUGGAGAAAAUAACAGUGAUAUUCGAGAUUUAGCUAGAGGAGUAGAAUGCAAGGAUUAUGGCAUUGAUGAAGAUGAUCAAAAAUCAACAAGUCCUAUUCAAACAAUUUUGGAACUUUUAUUAACAUCUUUAUCCUUAGAAGAUUCGAGGAUACCAGUCUCCUACCUAUGCGCUCUUAUUUACUGGCUCUUUGGAGACUCAAAUGCUGUCAACGAUUUUCUGUCUGAUAAGGCGGUUCUCAACUCACUCAUCUCAUACAUUUCGCACAUAAAUGAUGACAACAUAACCGUCAGUUGCCUGAUUAGCAUGCUAUUAGGUGUAGCAUAUGAAUUUUCUACUUCAAACAGUAGUAUUCCCCGAGCAGAACUCUACGAACUACUGGUCAAGAGCGUUGGAAUUGAUAAUUAUACCUCAAAAGUCAAGCAGUUCGAAGAAAAUUCCUUGUUCACCGACUCGAUAGACGCGAACUAUUUUUUGAGCACUUUCGAGACUGAUGCUACUGGCUUGCCUAAAAUUUACUUCAGCCGUUACUUUAAGGCUCUUUUAAAAGAUAACCUUUAUAGGAUCAAGACUGCCUUAAAAAGAGACCCCGCAACCGAAAUAGUUAGUAAAGUCUCAUUCCAGGCUUUUGAAGAGCUCCAACAACAGAAGCAUCUGAUAGAACGAAAACUGACUGAGACUGAAGAACACUCGAAAGAACAGAUAAAGGCGUUACGAGAGUCUCUUCACAACGUCGAAGAAGAGCUAACGAAAAUGCAACUCAAAAGUGAUGAUGCCUCCACUAGCAUGAAGCAAAAUAACGAGAAACUCGAAAAGCUUAAAGGUGAGAAUGAAGACAUCAAUAAAAGUUUGGAGGCGUUGAGGACACAUAAUGAUGAGCUCUUGUCGACAAAAGCCAAUCACGAAGCCAAACUUAGCAGCCUUGAGACGAAGCUUUCAGAAAAGCAAGCGCUUGUUGAAAAACUAAAUAAAGAGCUUAGCAGUUUGACAGAGAGUAAGAACAUUGCCGAGGACGGCAUCAAUAAGAUGAGUCGAGAGCUGUUCGCGCUGUCAAAAGAACAUAAAAAUUUGAAGCAUGAAUCUUCAAAAAAUCAGUCUGAUUUGGAAAACUCAAUAAAGCGUUUGAAGAGCGAUCUUAAAACCCUCGAAGAAAAAAACGCUCAAAAAGAAGUAAAGAUCAAUAAUGCGCUCAGUGAAUUGGGGGUGCUAAGAAAUGAGAAAAAAGCAUUCGAGACUGACAAAAUCUUUUUGGAAAAAGAUCGCUCCACUCUGAACUCUAGACUUGAGAGUCAAGGAAUUCAUGUAUCAAGAUUAACAGCCAAACUCAAAGAACUUGCUGAAAAAUGGAAAGAGCUAGAUGAAGAAAAUAGAUCCAAUUUGGCCGAGCUUGAUAAGUUCACCAAAAAAAGCCACGAACAGAUUUCAAAACUCGAGAAGGAGAUUGGGGUGCUUCGAGAACACAACACUACUAUAAAGGGUGAAAAUGAGCACUUAGUGUCCAAGCUUGAAAGACUCGAAAAAUCCUUGAAUGAAACUACUGAAAAGCACGAAAAACUCCUGGCGGAAAACGGAGACCUGAAAAGCAAACUUGAGUAUUCUUCUGUUGAAAUGGAACAAAUGAAAGCCAUUCAUAUGGAUUUCAGAAGCGAGCUUACUGGCGUUCGAGCCAAAAUCACCCAAUACACUGACGCGCUUAAGAACUUACAGAAAAUCUAUGAUGAAAAUGUAAAAGAACUUCAAAGUAGAUCAGAUUCCAUUGACAGCUUAAAGAAAAGAUUGGAUAUUACUGAUACGGACAGGAUGUCAAGUGAUGAACUUAUAAAAGACCUCAACACUAAGAUCCUCGAGCUUGAGAAAACUGCAACAAAUCUUGCGGAUGAAAACGCAGCAGCGAAAUCUAAUAUAAGAGAUCUCACCGUCGGUUCUCAAGAGGAGAAAAGGAAUUUUCUUGAAAAAAAGGCCUCCCUUGAACAAAGAAUAAAUGAUUUAAUGCAAGACAGGGAUGACGUCAAAGCAUCUUUGAUGAAGUCGAAGGGUGAGGUAGCAGAGAUAGAGAACUCAAAGAAAGUACUCAAAAACGAGCAUGAAGAUAAAAUAAAAAAUCUGGGAAUUGACUUGAAGGAAGCGGAAGCGCAACGGAAAGUGGCUGAAGGAAAUUAUGCCAAGAGCUUGAAGGAUUUGUCAGAUUGUAGAUCCGAAGUCAAAGAUGGUGGUUUAAGAGUGACUAAUCUGAAAGCUGAAUUGGCAGGACUUGAUCGUGAAUUAAAACAAAAAAGAUCUGAGAUCCAAGAGCAGAAAUUCAUAAGCGACGAAAAAACUUCCACUAUUGUGGUGCUUGAAAAAAAGCUCGAGGAAGUAAGCAAUGAUCUGAACGAGAAGAGUAAUACCUCUGAAUUAUAUGAGAAUCAAGCAAACCAAUUACGUGAUAAACUUGACUAUUCUGAAAAAGAAUAUGAGACCAUGAAAAUGAGCUUUAAUGAAGAGAAGAAGUCCCUGCUGCAUGAUAUUGUUCAAUUGAAGGGCAAUAUAAAGCAGAAUAAAGCAGAGUUUGAAAGGGAGAGAAACAUGUUCAGCGAAGGCUCCGCGAAUAUCACCGUGGACUAUCAAAAAAAAAUUAAUGACUUGGAAGGAAAACUUGAUACGAUGGAAAAUAAGUACUCUGCGAAAUCUGAGGAGUUUGAAAACGAAAAGAGAAGUCUGAAAACUGUUAUCCGAAAAUGUGAAAGUUCGGCGCUGAGCAGUGGAAAAGAAUUGGACAUUUUAAGUCAAAAAAUAAAAACGGCGAAGGAAGAGCACAAAGCUAACAAAAAGAAAUGGAGUGAACUGGAAAGCUCGUGUCAUGCGCAGGUCAAUGCCCUCAAAGAUCAACUUAAAAAGGCAGAAUUAGCUUGUUCUCUGAAAACUGAUGCUCUCGCCUCAUUAGAGGAAAAACUUUCUGCCACAAUUGCAGAGAUCGAUGAAUUGAAACUAAAAGCUGGUGAACAUACGCAUAUACUGGAUGAAAAGAACAAAGCUCUUAAAGAUGCUAAGAAAUCCGAAGAAACUUUCAAGCAAGCUCUCCAAAGCUCUCAAAAUGUUACAGAUAAGCGCUCGAUGGAGAUGAAUGUAAAACUGAUGCGCAGUGAGGAACAGCGCGAUAAUUUGAUUCUGGAAGCCAAGGAACUGAAGAAUGAGCUGAACGAGAAGAGUGCCGAAACCGAAGGGCUCCAAAAGGUGUUACUUAAACUUAAAGAGUUCGAGGAAAUAAACGAUAAAAAUGCUAGAAAGCUAAGCGAAAUGGAAAAACUAACGCAAGAACAGGCAGAAACAAUUCAAUUUGAGCAGGUCAAGAGUGAAAAAUUGACAGCUGAAUUAGAUACCAUAACCAAGGGGAAAGAAGAGAUUUCUGGCAAAUUAAAGCGUUGCGAAUCUAACUUGGCAAGUAAAACAGCAAAUCUCGAGGAUGAGCUCGUGAUUUUAAAAAAAGAGCUCUCAUCGUGGAAGGAGAAAGCAACAGACAGAUCAGAGGUUGAUGAUUUGAUGUUACUCGUUACUGAACUCGACGAGAAAAAUAGCAAGUACUGUAAAAAGCUCGAGCUCAUGGGAGCCGAACUUUCUUCAGAAGAUGAUGAUGAUGGUGAUGAUGGUGAAGAAGAAGAAUAA